AUAAAUCUCUCUCUUUCCGCGUCGACAACUGCUAAAAGCUGCUUGCUUCUUAUAUAAAUAACACACAUAAGUGUCCACACCUUCUCCCAUCAACACAACCACCUAAAGAACCACAAGCAGCAAAAAAAAAGAAAAAAAACAAACUCACUGUUUCGAUCUCAUAGCUCGAACAAAUCAACCAAAAAGAAGUAAAAAAAACAAAUUCAUGGGGGAAUCAAAGAAGAAAAGCAUAUCAAUCGCAACAAAAAGAGCAUGGAAUCUUGUGAGAAUGGCUCUUCUAUGGGGAAGAAAAGGUGGCAUCUUCAAGAAAUGGCACAUGUUCGAGCUCCGUAACUUGGUCUCCAAGCAUCUCAAAGCCCUAGCUCAUCAUCAUUCUAACAGCGUUGACACCGGCCGUUAUCUCUCACGUUACGGCGAGAAACAGCUCUCUUUCGACGAGACACCGGUCUUUAACGUGAAGAUGCACCGUCCUGCAUCGAUGAGGUUCCUCUUGCCUUGCAUUGCUCCUCCCGUUGACUUUGAUUACGACUUUGAAUUGGACCGUCGAGAUAAUGAUGAUACCGAGGAUGUUAGAUCCUACGGCUAUUACGAUGAUUCUCGCAAUGAGAAAUGUGAUGGUGCGGCUGAUAAGUAUUAUCAAAAUGAGGAAGAAGAUGAGGAAGGGGUUGAUGUAAGAGCAGAUGAGUUUAUUGCUAACUUCUAUCAACAGAUGAAGUUGCAGAGGCAAAUCUCUUACUUGCAAUACAAAGAACACAGUGACACUGUAUGAUGUGAUUACAACAAGUGUUCUAAAUUUUCCACAUAGAAAUGUUUCUCAUUUUUUGUCAAUUCCCCUUUUUUUUUAGUUUUCAAUUUUGGUGAAAUAAAUGGUUACUUCAUUGCUA